UUGGUCUGAUUAAUUGGGUCACGGUCGAUAUAUAUAUGGCUGGGUCAGUAAGGUUUUAGGUCGAAGUAACCGGUGAGGGAAUGCUGUGCGACCGAUUAUGCUGAAGAAUGAGUCUUCUUAUGACAUUUCUUAUGUUAUUAGAAUAAAACCCAUAAACAUAUAAUCAUCAUUGAUGCAAUUGAUCUUUGUCCCAAACAUUAAUUAACGCGUCUUUGACUUGACAUUCCGAAUGCAUUUCCUGCCAGAUCUAUGAAACAUUAGUAACACAAAUAAAUCUAGACACUUCUAGAUUACAUCUAAAGAUGUCUCCUUUUCACAAGACUGAAAAAAAUAAAAGAUUAAUGAGAAUAUACAUAAAAGCCAAAGAGAUUUCGUCCACAUAUAGCUCAUGUACUUUCGAGGCUUGCUUGAGCUAUGUCUGCACCAUCGUCUCCACGCGCAUGCUCUAGAUAUACCUAGUGAACACAUUGUUUUACUGAUGCUACUUAUGCACUACAAUACUUCAAGGAUGCAUCAGCCUUGAUUUAGGAAAAACACAUUAGAGCUAUAAGUGCUGCCAGACACAAUGGAUACUAGCAUGGGUGAUUUUCAUUUUGACCAGACUGAUCAGAACAUAACAAAUAUCAAAAGUGAGCUUAAUUCAAACAGUUAUCAAACAGAUGCUGAGACUGUGGGAAUUAGUCUGCAGGCUUUCAUUUCUGCAGAUGACCAAAGUGCUUGUGAGGUCAACUGGGAUAUUAGGAGGGAUUUUACUAAUUCUUUCCUUGGGAAUCAGCUACCAGAGCUUGAUUUGCCAAAGUUCACAAGCAUUUCAGAAGAGAACAACUUUCUUAAUAUUCCUGAGGAUGUCAGGAUCUUGCCAACAUUUGUAUCCUUGGAAGAAACAAAUAAUUAUGAGUUAAAAAGAGAUACAUUUUGUGCUGCUGAAACUGAGCUAUCUACAGCAGAGCACUCUGAUGUAGAGCAUUCUUUCGGAUUCAAAGUCCUGGAGACAUUUUCUCUCCAGGCAGAGACUGGUGGGUUUUUUCAGGCAAUUGACACCAAACCUCUUCACCAGCUCUCAGCAGAGGGUUUUUAUCGCUGUGGAUUUGAAGGAGGAAUGUGUAGCUAUAACACCCUUGUUCCAGCUCAGUUUGAAGUGCACCUGCAGGAGGCACAUCAAGAUCCAGGUGUGUUUCAGUGUGUGCAUUGUGGAAGUGUUGAAACUACAUGUGAUAACCUUCUUCAACAUCUUGACCAGCAUUUAAAGCUGAAGUAUAUGCAACUGGUAUGUCCGGAUAACACUUGUAACUUUUCAGCUUCCACUCCGGAGGAGUUGCUAGCUCACUUGAUUAUCCAUGAUUUAAAUUCUUUCUUUACCUGCGGUCAGUGUGGACAGCAGUUUGAUUCUUUGAAGAACAUUUUGACUCACAUUAAGGAAAACCUUUUACAGAUUGUGCAGUGUCCUCAUUGCUCAGCUACAGAUGUUGAUAGAAAGCGUAUAGUCACACACAUUAGCAUCUCACAUCCAAGUUGUUGUCGAAUGGUUAGUGUGUACAAGAUUUUGCUAUGUCAGGAGAGGUAUCAGACAGGUUGGCAAAACUGGCUGAAACAUCAGGUAAUAUCAGGAACAAAUAUGGCUUUGGAAAUUUCUAGAAUGGACAUGCUAAAUCAGUCACCUGAUACAGUCCCAGAGUCCAAGCCACCUGAAGAAAACACCUUUUCUGUUACCACUCUUGAAAAAAAGUCAGAACACUUUAAAGAUAUGGAUUUGUGCCAAGAGAAGAAAAUAGGAAUUAUCCAGCCUUUGACUGUGCAGACCGAUGUUAACAUGCAGGACAACUUUAGUAAUAUGCAGAGGCAUGGCUCAGAGUUGAAAGAGUCCUGCUCUGAAAAAUCAAAACAUGGGACUCUAAGCCCCAGGCUCUGGCAGGACUGCUUGUCAGACCCAGCAGGAAUGAAAUGUGAAUUUUGUAAAGAGGUCUUCUUCAAAGAAGAAAUGUACAUUCAUCAUCUUUUCAGUGCUCAUUCAGAAAGCUUUUCAGGAUUUGCCUGUACUACGUGCAACUUUAUCAGCAUGGAUCCUAAUGUGAGCAGCACUCACAGGUGUACAACACUCAGACUUCAACCAAAAUCAAAAUUUUCUGUUUUGUCAGAGAGUUUGCUAAGUCAGCAUGUUGAGGAGGAGUUUCUGCAAAAGCAAUCAGCUUCUUGUCACAAGAGAAAAAUUUGUGCAGAUAAUAGUCCUCCCUCAUCAGGAAAAUAUAAAAAAACCUCACACAAGAGUCUGGAGGAGAUGAAAGGAGAAACCAGGAUUUCACCAACUUCCUCUGUGUCUCAGAAAUCACUUAGAGUUUACAAAGGCAAACCAAUCCAUUGCAGACUCUGUGGCUGUUGCACAGGACGUUCUAAAUGGGGUGCUUAUAUGCACGUAUACUUGAACCAUUCAGAAGUGUUGCAAUGUCCUAUCUGCAAGUUUUGUCCUGUGAACCAGGCCUCUUUGUACAAACAUCUGACAGUCGACCAUUAUAACAUCAGAGAUUCAUUGUAUCAAGAGAUGCAUGUCAGGAAGUGGCUUGAAUUUCCAGGAGACAAGAAACAUAAAAUUCCUGCUGGUAGAUUUAAUCUAGAGGUUAAGGGUGCUAGUCCUCAGGUGAUAACCAGGAAGUUACUGACAUCCAAAAGAUCUCAUUCAGUGUCUGCAUCUGAGUCGGAACCAAGAAGAGUGACAGGAAAUAAGGUAAUAUCUGAGCCAUGCCUAGCAAACACUAAGCCAGAAAGAGAGAAAAUCUUAGAACAUUCCUCUUGCAGGACACGCGGAAUUGAUGCAUGGAGAGAAGUGAAACUAACUGCUCUGCCUUCAGAACCUGAUAGUCAAGUUGCAUUGCACUUGAAAGAAGAUAAUGGGGAAAGAGGACUUCCACCUAUAGGAUCAGAAACCGAAAUGGAAUAUCGAUGUCCAUACUGUGUGACAAUUAGAAAAUCAGAAGAGUCCUUCUAUUAUCAUCUCUGCUUUCAUUUACAUUACAAAACAUUCAAGUGUGACUAUUGUGCCUAUGAGGCUUUCUCAAAGAAUACGAUCCUCAAUCACAUAUCUUCUCUUCAUCCAGAACAUAGUGUGGAUGCAGCAUUCAAACAAAUAAUUGAUGAAGCAAAAGAAAGAAAGUGUCGUUUACAAAUACAAAAUUGCUGUGUACCUGUCUCUGAGCCAUAUGAUGAGAAGCGUUUGGAGAGAAAGAACUUUGCAAAUAAGAAAAAUUGCAAGACCUUUUCUUCAAAUAUGGCAUCAUCUACUAAUGCUGACAUUUCAAAAGUACAGUCUAAAAAGUCUAAAAAAGCCAGUAGAGCCUCAGAUGAAGCAGAAAUAUAUCUUAUGUGCCCAUAUUGUCGAAGUGGACGAAAGAGGCUUACUGCAGUGAAGACUGAGAUUAGGGGUCAUCUGGGCUACAAGCCAUAUUCUUGUCAUUACUGCACAGGUCUUUCCUCAAGUUCUGAGGAAAGGAUCAAAGCACAUAUUGCCCAGGAGCACCCUGGUAAGCCAGACCUGGUGGAUGUGACCAUAAAUGAAUAUAAAGAGCAAAGAGUUGCAGAGCUGCUUGAAAGAGCACACAAAUUGUCAAAAGUUGGCAAUGACAAGAAGACUGCGUCCAAGAACAAGUCUGGCAGUUCAGGAUCUGGUAAUAUGUUAGGAAAAAGCAUGACCAUACCAAGAACAAAUAAUAGCAUAGAAGAGAACGAGCAGGUCAACAUUCAGAAAAGGACAUCAAUAGAGUCAGCACAGGACCAGAAGCAGGGAUGCAGUCUUUCGAGCAGUAGUGCUCGACCAAGAGACUACUUCACUGUGUUUCAAAAUGGCAAUGAGAGGGUAGUGCAGUGCCUUUAUUGCAAUCUUACAUUCGAUACCAAGUCAGCCAAAUUUAUUGAGAUUUACAAGAAAAUGGGAAAACAUGUGUACAAACAUAUGCCUCAGAUCUUCCCAUGUGAUUUCUGUGGACGUCAUUUCUAUCCUAUGAGUGCCCUUCGUAGUCAUAUGAAUAGUCAUAAACACACCACAUUUCUGCAGGGAACUCUUAAGAUCAGCACCCAACAGAAAGAGACUGAUUCUGCAUCCAGUACUAAAAGGAGCUAUUCACUGGGCAAAAGAAAAACAUCCUCACCUAAAGUUCCUAUUGAGGCUAAGAAUGUGAAUGCAUCACAGCUGUGUGUGUCAAAAGACUCAUCUGUGAUUUUUGAUGUAUCCACUGAGGACUAUCAGCAGCAAAGUACUUCCAAGAAGAGAGUGGGUCAAAGUGUGACAGGCAUAAAACUUCGCAAUCUUUGUGUGGUGGAGAUUAAUGGCAGCAGGAAGACAAAACGAUGCUUGCGCUGUGAUUUUCACGUAGAGGGUGCACUGGGGGAUCAAAGAAUCAAUGAUACCAUGAAAGCACACCUUUAUAAACACAUGAAGAAGACUAUUCAGUGCUUUUAUUGCAACUAUCGGUCUUACCCAUGUUGCAAGGUGAAGAAGCACAUCCAAAAGGUACAUCGGGGCAAGCCUGUAAAAUGGAAGGUUACAAGAGAAGACGAAACACAGAAAGUAAAAUACUAGGCAGCUAAACAGUUUUAAAAUAUAGUUAAUUUCCUGUCUUUACUGCAUAAUGCAGGGCUUACAUAGUAUUGUUAACUUAAAGGCUAUAUAGAGUCAAACAGAAAAUUGAGUUAAAAAAAUGUUGCUGACAGAUUCAUAAGGAUAUACCCCUGUUGUCCCCAGGAUGUGCUGUGGCUUUUUUUUUUUUUGUAAUUAAAUUUUAUGAAAGGAAAGCACAUGGAUUGGUCUCAUUUCUAACUUCUCUUGCCACCAAAGAAGACUGCAGCCAGUGCAAGAGAUUUAAGGUCAUGCUGUUGUAAUGUUGCAUGAAUUUACGUCUUGACCAUUUUCCAACAAGCAGAUGAGAACUACAACAUGCAGGGUCAUGUCUCGUGCAAACAGAAUAUAUAUUCACCCAUAUUAAUAUGUUUAGUGGCAAUGAAAUAAGCUCAGACAUUUGACUUGGGAACAAUAUUGGCACUCUCGUUACCCUUUUACUCUGUGUGUGUUUGUGCUCUGAUAUAUGCACUACCCAAAUAUCAAAUGGGUAAAUACCACCUUCUCUGCUAAGAAACUGCCAUGGAACAUCUUGGUGCUUUAUCAUAGAAUUUUUUUGGUGCAUUCACAUAAUGGGAAUGCUUUGAAACACAAGCUCAAUCAUGCCGCCUGUCAGGUAUUACAUGAAUUAUAUGAUUUAUAAGCAUAUUCAUGCCAGUUAGAGGUGAAUGUAGUUUUUGAGUAGCUUAUCUUCAGUACGUUAAGGCAUCAUUGCAUACCCAUGUCAGUAGGUCAGUAUUAUUUUUUUUUUUUUUGCAAGUAGUGUGCAUUGUAUAUUUUUAAACACAAAUUUAUAUGCCAUGGAGGUGAACAUCCUGCUUGAGUGGCUCAUCUUGAUCAUGUAAACUGAAGUAAAGAUAAUGUGACAUACCAUUUUUAAUAGUUUUGCUAGUUAGCAUUAGUUAUUUUAUGCAGAUCCAUUCAACCAGAUGUAAAUGUCACUCUUGUGUGGCUCAUCUUUAUUAUGUAACAGAUUGUUUUGGGUACUUAUAUUGAUGAUAACAUCAUUUGAAUAUUUAGUAAUUCAGUUUGAAAUGAUUUGACUGCUGGUGUGUGACACAAUAUGACUGGCUGUGACUGUCAGUUGGAGUUUAUUUUAUCUCAUUUAUUUAAAUGUUAAAAUCACCUUUCAGGUCCUACCCAAUAGUUAAAUAUAUUGUUGCAGAUGCAUAGUUCUUACUUGAGAAGGAAAUGCUUUUUGCAAUAGCUGCAUUUCUUGCAUUAUAUGUUAUAUAAAAAAAGAAAUCUGUUUGCAGUUGUCCCUCAGAAGUGCUAGGAAAUUCUGGCAAAGUACAAGUUUUUGGAAGGACUUUGGUGAAAUUAGUUUAAGACAUAAUUUUCUAGAACCUGGUUAACCACCUUUCAUUUUCAGUAAACAAGGCUAUAGCAUUACCUUGCAUAGAUGGAGGUUUCGGCAUGCAUCACAACUUAAGAAUGGAGUUUUUCACUUAGAUUUGAGAAAAUAGAAUCUUGAACUGAACCCAAUCUUUUGAAUCUGUUCUUUUCCCACUCUGGCAGAUUUAAAACAAGAAUCAGUGAAUACUGGUGACACACAUUUCAUGUGUGGGAAUAAUAAUAAAAAUAAAGUUGU